AUGGCAUCUCCUCCUAGAAAUCCUCUUCCAGCCGUCGGUGACGUCCACAACGAUGCUGCAGCACCUGAACCAGGAGACCCGAAUCUGGCCGUCAUCGUUCAUCCUGUCAACCUUGAAGCUAUGCCGAUCAGUUUGAUUGAGCCCGGUGACGAGCUGAAUCCGAUUGACCCAGACAACUUCGAGUAUGUGGGUCCCUCUUCCAGUGGAAGAAGAGGCGGCAGAGGUGGUCGUACUCCAGUUAGGGAAAACCCACCAAGAGGUCUUCAUUUGGUGGAUGAAGACACAGAUGAUGAAGAAGUAGAUCCUACCUUUGCAGAACCAGAAGCCCAAGCUCUCUCCUCAAGCUCCACUGAGUCAUCCUCCAACGACUCAACUCCACCAGCAUCAACUCAGGGGGAGACAUCUCAGCCUAACAUGGCAGCAGCAGCUUCCCAACAUCCUGUUUCUGAAGAUGUUGCUGCACAUGUUCCAGAAGAUGCUGCUGCACCCAGUGUCUCAGCCAAUGCCCCUCAGAGUGCUGCUGAGGAUGCUGCUCCCUACCAGGAUGAAGAAAUGUCUGAUUUUUCUGGGAUGUCCUCUGCCGAGCAUGUUGACAUUCCCACUGUUGAUGCUCAGGAUUUCACUACCACUGAAGAAACACCCUCAGCACCACAUGCAGACCCUCUGGAAACUCUUGCAGAAGUAGCUGUUCAAGUGGAUGCACCACCUUCCCAGGUUGAAGAGAAUGAGAAAAGUGAUGACAAGUCUGACAGUGAUUCUUCGGAGGACUCAUCUCAGAUGGAAGAAGAUGCUGCUCCACCUAUUGCAUCAUCUGAUCCAGCAUACAUCCCAGAUGAACUUGAAGACUCAGAAGAAGAGGAAUCCUCUGAGGAAGAAGAGCUAGACUUGGAUGGGAAGGAUCUGUCAACUCCGUUUGAGCUUACUCACUCCCUAGUUCAGAUCACAUACCAUCACUCCAUGGUGGACAUGCACCAGAAAGCUCUUUCUGAUCAAAAAGGGGGAGAAAAAGUCAGUCAUGAAGUUGAAGCAGGGACUUCUCAUCCCUUGGAUGCCAGAGGCAGAGAGCAAGGAGUUAAUGAAGAAGAAGCAGAGGAAAGCAGUGGGUCCAGAUGGAGAAACAACAGCUGA